AUGAAAGGGUUGAACCAGUUUAUUGUCGACUUGAGAAACUCCAAGGACCAAGAGGAGGAGUUCAAGAAAAUCAGCCAGGAAACAAACAAGAUCCGCUUGAAACUCCAAUCUUCGACGGCUCUUAGUGGAGCGCAAAAGAAGAAAUACAUCUGCAGAUUGAUAUACAUCUAUGUCUUGGGCGAGUCGGAAACGGUCGAUUUUGGACUACGAGAGUCGAAAGAGCUCAUGGCGUCAAAAGUGUUCAGUGAGAAGAAGUUGGGGUAUCUCGCCGGGGCGAUUUUCUUGAAUAAUGAAAAAUUCAAGAGAAAGAGCGUCUUUACGGCAAAAGAGCAUUUAAACCGCAUUUUGGUGGAAAUCCACCCUCAGAUUGUACAGGACUUGCAGUCGACAGACGAAAAUGCCAAUUGUCUAGCAAUACAAAUGAUUGCUUCGUGCUUUACAGCCACCAACGUAACAAUUCACGACACCGACUCCAAUUCGGGCAAAUGGGUCGAAAUCAUAGACAUGGUUUAUGCCUCAUUGACAUCUCCUCUCAGCAAACCGGUCGUCAAGAAGAAAGCGGCCAUUGCACUAAAGUCAUUGCUCCAAAUCUACCCCGAUGUUUUAGUGAAAAACAGAAAUUGGGCUCCCCGGAUCCUAAAAAUAGUCGAAGAGUCAAAAGAUUUGGGAGUGGUCACCUCGAGCGUGUCCUUGCUCAACUUGAUGUUGACAUUGUCUCCGCAAAUUGUCCGCUCUGUGGUCCCUUCAAUCGCAAAGAGACUAUAUUUGCUAGUGGUGGAGGGACAAUGCCCUAAGGAGUACUACUAUUACGACACACCGGCACCAUGGCUUGUGGUGAAGCUCAUUCAGUUUAUCGAGAAUGCAUUUCUAGCUCGAGAUACCACCGGUACAAAUAACAAUAGGGUUUUGACCUUGGACAAUCUCGAUGUGAGUACAGUCAAUGAUCUACGCCAAGUGGUGGCUAAAGCCAUACAAAAUGCAUCUCUUCGGGUACGAGGCUUGCCAAACAGGAACUUUCAAAGCUCAAUUUUGUUUCAAGCAGUCUCGUUAGCCGUGUUUCUCGAGGCAUCGUGCGAGGCGAUCAAGGGCGCUUCAAAUGCCUUGUUGAUUCUCAUCAGUUCAAACGACACAAACACCAGAUACCUUGCACUUGACGCAUUAAUUAAGCUAACUUCGAGACUGAAAUCGUCGUCUUACUUGUCUUCAAAGGAGACAUUUGACGAAAACUUGCCUCUUAUCCUCAGGUUAUUGCAUGAUAACGACAUUUCGAUCCGCCGCAAAGCGUUGGACUUGUUGUACACCAUCUGCAAUGAGCAAAGUUACACAACCAUCAUCAACCAGUUGCUAGAUUAUUUCCCCCACGCCGAUUUACAGCUCAAGAGCGAAUUGUCGGUAAAAGUGGCAGUGUUGGCAGAGACUUUUGCCACGGACUCCACGUGGUACGUGACAACAAUGCUCAAACUACUUUCGAUUGGAGGCGGCGCAAACUCAAACGGCGUGGGUUUUAUCGAUAAUGAAAUAUGGGAGAGAAUAGUGCAGAUUGUUGUAAACAACGAUGACUUGCAAAAAAAGAGCUGCAGGAUUAUAAUCAAUUUGCUCAAGCGUCCAUUCCCAUCGCCAUCUACAAACCAGCAACAACAACAACAACAAGAACAACAACCUCAACCCCUAAUCUCCGAGACCAUGAUCAAAGUAGCUGCAUUCAUCCUUGGAGAGUUUGGCGAAAAAUUGAGUCAAGAGGAGGAUGGCGGUGUCCAGAUCCAAUUCCGCUUGCUUUACGAUGCAUAUUUCGUCGUCACCACAUCCACGAGAGCAAUGAUUUUGACUUCCUUCUUGAAACAGCUCGUUAAAAACCCCGAUGCUGACUUUGUUCCCGAUAUCAUUGACUUGUUUGAGGCAGAGACACAAUCAAUCGAUCUCGAGAUUCAGACAAGAGCAUACGAGUACUUGAAACUUUCUACAGUGCAUUCGGAUUUCAAGUUGGCAAAAACAAUCGUCAAGGGGCUUCCAGCGUUUAACCAGCAAGAAAGCCCCCUUAUGAGUCGACUAGGCGUAUUGGCAAAGCACCCGGGGGUCACUCGGUCAAAGUCUGCGGUGAUGGUGCAGAAUAUCAGAGGUGGAGGCCAAAAACCUGGCAAUGAAGCCAAUGGACAAGGAAACGGCCAUGCGACGCAAUCCAAGGCAUUGACCAAAAACUGGUACUCCGGUUACCACCGGAUGCUCCAAUUUGACGUUGGUAUCUUUUACGAGGACCUGCUUGUUAAAAUCACUUAUAGACUCGUCAAGAACAAUGCCAAUCUUGAUCUCAAGUUCACAUUUAUAAACAAUGCAUACAAGGCCGUGGGAAAAAACAUCACGGGGCUCAAUGUGCUCGAUUUGGAGUCGCUCGCCGACCAGAACAACCCCAACUACCUCAUACAAGCACGACAGCUUCCGCAAGCUGAUUUUUCCGAUAAAACCAACAUGGAGCUACGCGCGCUAAUACGCGGGGUCACGGCUCACCAAGAGAGUCCCAUAGUCGCGUUUACUUUUAUGUGUGGUGGUUCUUUCAAUCUGAUUAACUUGCGCAUCCCCAUUAGCAUUUUGAGGACUGCGACCCCGACCCCGUUAAGUGGACCCGAGGAGUUUGAAAGAAGAUGGGCGCAGAUUGGAGCGCACUUGGGCCAACAAGGGGAGUCAACGGUGGAGUUUCAAUUGGCACAUCGACAAGACCCCGAGGCAAUGAGCCGAUCCUUAUCCCGAUUGGGGUUUGCGAUUAUCCUCUGCGGCACCAACUCAACAACUGCAACAUCGGCAAACGUUUGCGUGUGCGGAGCAGGAAUAUUGCAUACCCAGAAAACCAACUACGGUGCGUUGAUUCAAGCAGCUCGCUUAGAUGAAAUCGGAAGAAAUUUGGCCAUCACGGUUAGAUGUACCGGCGGAGGCAUAGCAGAAGUGGUUGCGUUCACCCUAAAAGAAAUUUUUGUGGGGCGGUACUAG